UCUUGUUGAAACCAUAUUUGUUUCGAUCUCUCCCAUUCGUAAAGUAGAAUAAUCGUUGCGGCCGCUCUUCAAACACAAAACAAACAAAUAUUAUAUCGCACUUUCUUCCAUGAAUUUUAAACAAUAUUAAUGACGAUCUCGAAACCAAUCUUUGGUAAAAUCGGAGUGAAUAAAUUACUAAUUGUAACAAUGUUUUCGUAAGAUAAGAACGAGUAAUUUUUUUGUGUGAAAAACGACACAUUCCAUCCGAAAAACAAACUGAAGCUGGAAAAUGAAGAUAUUGAUCACAUUCACGAAAUGCGUAAGUUGAAACAAUAUUUUUUCUCUCUUCAUAUGUUUUGUAUCCGAAUUUAUUGUGCUGAAAUUUCAUAUUUUAGUCAAAAUUAAAUAGUUAAUGACAUUGACAACAGCUGUCACGAUCAUGCCAAGCAUUUUUCAUUUUAAUAAUUAAGAAUCAUUUCGUUGCAUUUCGCCGACGCAUUAUUUUCCAAAAAAAAAAAACGAAUUCAAUUUUAUGUUCUUUUUGAUUGAGUUUGGGCUAUUGAAAUCAGUUGAGAAAAAAACGCACGCGUAUAAGAGCCGACCGACUAUUUAAGUUGAAGUUGUUAAGUGUGUGUGCGCUUUGGGACAAGCGCUGCACGUCGUCGUCGUCGUCGUCGUCGUUGGUGUCAGUGGAUGUUGUAUAUUCAGUGAGAAUGUUCGUUUUUUGAUUCGAGUCUUCGCCUGCACGUACUCAUGUAUUAUAUCCAAUAGCAAAGCCACUUCGUUUGUGUGUAUGUGUUGAAAUAUCGUAGUGUGUAUGUGAUACAUUUUGAACCAAAAUAGCCGUUAUUUUUGUUUAUUACAAGAGGGAGCAAUUCAUAUUACAUCGCUUUUUUUUACACAGUGCGUUGCAUGUGCAAAGUGUGAGAGCGGCAAUUUGUUUGAUUCUGAUUGAGUUUUUUUUUUAAAUAAUAGAAUCAAUUUCAUAGUAUUAGAUAUUUUAUAGUUUUUAUUCAAAAGUGUUUAAAUCAUCGUAAAUAUUUGAAAUUAGAUUAGUUUUUGGUUCGAUGUUUUUCAUAUAUAUGUAUGAUGCAUCGAUGAAAUUGGCUGGUUAGCAGAAAACGAUUAUCUAAUGAUGAAUAUGGCGUGAAAAAUGCAAUCAUUAAACAAAUAAUACGCUUAUUCAAGAUUUAACGAUAUUUUGUUUGCAAUAUACAUACUAAUUUUAAUUUAAAAAUAAAAGAACGAGCUCCAAACUAAAAUCAUUUGAAAAACAUAAAGUGGACGAAGAAUUUGAAUCUUUAAAAAAAAAACCGAAACAGUGUGUGUUUUGUCCUGCGUAUUUAAUUUGUAUUGUGAAAAUCGAAAGAACAAUUGAAUCGAAAUAAAUUUCAUAAGAAAACACAAAGAAAAAUGGCACCAACAAAAUCACAAUCGACGCUCGCCACGAACAAAGGAGUUACCAAAUCAAUCGUAUCGUUGUCACGUCGUGCCACCUCAACACGUACGCAACAGCAAAAGGUGCUUGUGGAUGGUUUACACAAUGUUCCAGUUGGUAAACGGAAGGCUGAUGCUAGCCCGGGCCGCAAUGAGAAAGGUGUCAAACGUUCGGCAUUGGGCAAUGUGACCAAUGCCGUGCUCAAUGCUAUCGAAGACAGUAAAAAACUUACUCGAUCGAAAACGGACGCCAAGAAAACGACAACAACAUUGACAAACAGCAAGUUGAACGAAAAUCAAGCAAUCUUUGCCGCACCAAAUGCCGUUCAACGAGGAACUAAAAUCACUACACGAGCCGCAUCACGGGCCAUUGAAACGACAAAAAGCAUUGUGAAUGAGGCGACGGCUGGCCUCAAAAAAGUUAACAUUUCGACAACAAUUGCCAAGGGAAAAAAGAAGACUGAAACCACCACCGCUGCCACUGCUAACAUUAACAAUAAAGUAGAACGUCCGAUGCCAAACAGUGGAUCAGACAGCGAUACCGAUUUGAAGCCGAAUGCACGCCGCUUAUCGAAUGAAUUCGAACUAUUGGACAAUGAAGACAGUCACUACAUGUCAGCACUCGAAGAUUUGCCUUCGAUGCGUUUGUCGGUCGGUGAUCUUCGGCGAAAAUCAAUCAACAGCGAUGGCGCUUCCGGUUCGACUGAAUCAUUGAGCACAAUUGCUGAAUCCAUAGAUGUAACAUCGGCCUCAACUCAAUUCGAAGCAACACUUAAAGAAGAAAUAGCCAAAUCCAUUGGACCAGCUCCAGUACCACAGGGUGUCAUUGAUUUCGAUCGCGAAAAUUGGGACGAUCCAAUCCAAGUUUCCGACUAUGCCAUGGAUAUUUUCAAUUAUUUGAAAGAGCGCGAAGAAACUUUCAAAAUUGAUGCGUAUCUUGAGCGACAGCCACAUCUUACGAAUUGGAUGCGCACACUGCUUGUUGACUGGAUGGUUGAGGUUCAGGAGACAUUCGAAUUGAAUCACGAAACAUUGUAUUUGGCCGUUAAAAUUGUUGAUAUCUACCUUAGCAAGGUUCAAAUUGAAAAGGAAAAAUUGCAAUUGAUCGGAGCUGCUGCUCUAUUCAUGUCUUGUAAAUACGAUGAACGUACUCCCCCAUUGAUUGAAGACUUCUUGUACAUUUGUGAUGGAGCUUAUAAACAAAACGAAUUAGUUCGCAUGGAAAUGGACGCAUUCCGCACAAUUGGAUAUGAUUUGGGCAUCCCAUUAUCGUAUCGAUUCCUGAGAAGAUAUGCUCGGUGUGCCAAAGUGACGAUGCCCGAAUUAACUCUCGCUCGAUUCAUUUUGGAAUUUUCGCUCAUGAGCUACGACUUGAUAACAUUGAGUGACUCAAAAAUCGCUGCAGCCUGUUUAUUCAUGGCUCUUCGUAUGAAUCAAAAGACUGGUUGGAAUAAAACAUUAGAAUACUUCUCAGGUUACAAAUUAAGCGACUUUGAAUCGAUAAUACCUCUCUUAAAUGGACCACUACAUCUAAGACAACGUGAUGCAAACAAAACUAUUCGAAAUAAGUACACACACAAAGUGUUCUUUGAAGUGUCCAAAGUGCCGCUCAUGACAAACGAACAACUCUUCAAUUCCGGCGAAGUGAUUGAACAGCUAUAAGAGCGCGCAUUUUUAAAGCACAAAUGAUAAUUCAGGGCAAAUAAUUGAUUACUUUUUUUUUUAAAAACGAAUGAGUCUAACUGUAAUUUGAAGCGAAACACGAGUUUUGUUGCAUUCACAUCAAAUGGAAUGUCCACAAAAUCAAAAAAAACCAUUCUGAAUGUUAUCGUAACAAUACAUUGAUGCGCUUUAAAUAUGUGUGUUUUUUCACAAUAGUCAGAAAUCACCUAUGAUACAAUUUAAUUUUAUUUUCUUCAUCUGUAAUUACAAUGCUCGUGUUUCAAGAUUUUAUUCCUUUCCGCAUGCGAACAAAAAGAUCACUUCUUCUGUAUUUUUUUUAUUGUUUGAAUUAUGAUAAGUUAUUUGAGUUCAACCGAAUUAGUGUGGAAAAGUCCAUUUUUUUUAAAACAUGUACUCGAAUAAAAAGAAAUAUUGUUCGUUUGUGUCGUCAGUGUAGGAUUUUAUUCGAAUAUAUAUAUAUAGACUGAUGAGGAUGAUUUGAAAAUAAAAACAAAAAGUAGUUACGAAAUCGCAUCGCAAAAUAAAUUGGUCCAUCUGUUGAACAAAAGUACAAUUGCACGCACUCCAAACUCAGUCUGUGUUCAAAUUAAAUUAAUUGUUUUUCUACAAAGAGAAAGAGACGAAAUCAUCGCGAAAUACUCGAAUCUAGAAUCAUUUUAAAAAGAAAGCGUUUCGUUGUAUCAUAUUGAGAGAAAGAGAUAAAAAAAAACUACAAAAUCCAUUAUGCCUCACUAUUAAAUGUUAUGCACGUUGAUCCGGAGAAUCCAAGACAAGUACAAAUCCGGCAAGUCAGCAAAAGUAUUACAAACUAUUAAAAAUUAAACAUAAACACAAUAAUUCGAUUUGAAA